GGAUUAUCACUGCAAGAUCAUUCUGACGUUCAAAUAGAAUGCUUUCAAAACAUGCUUACACUGUUUCUGUUGGCCAGAACUGUUCUUGUCCCAUAUGAUUACCGCAUUCAUGGGAGUAUAUUGGAAAAACUGGAACUGAAUUCUAUUACUCCUUGA